AUGCAUAAUGGCAGACUGGAAAUGUAACGGCAUCGACAACUGCGGAGAUCUCUCGGAUGAAAUCUGCAUUCACUGCCCAGACGGAAUGAGAAAAUGUGAUGAUGGGAAAUGUAUUCUAGAGUCCACCAUGUGCAAUGGAGUGGAAGACUGUCUCGAUGGCACUGACGAACCCAUCACUUGUGGCAGGAAUUGUUCUGUGAACAAUGGAGGCUGCACGGACACAUGUACUGAGACAUACUGGGGGGUGAAGUGCUCAUGUAAUCCUGGUUGGGAUCUCCAUGCCAGUGGUAUGAAUUGUACAGAUACUGAUGAGUGUGCAGUAGCAUACAGCCCUUGCAGUCAAUUGUGCAAGAACACAGUAGGAUCUUUUACCUGUGACUGUGUACCAGGAUAUCAACUCUACAAUGGAACUGCUUGUCGGGCUUUUGGUAAAGCUACCAGAUUUCUACUGGCUGUAAAGGAAGAUCUUGUACUCCUGGAUUCAAGAUCUCAUGACUACAAGGUCCUCGUGAAGACCAAGACAACACUUGGCUCUGUUGCCUAUGACUUGUCAAGGGAUGCUUAUUAUUGGGCUGAUGAAGACAAAAAACUGCAUGUUUAUUUUAUGGGGGGAAAUGACCGUCUUCUCUAUCCAGAUGCUGGAGAGGUCAACAGCAUCUCUGUAGACUGGCUGACAGGGCAGCUGUUCUGGGCCAGUAACUCACCUGACGCCAUCUUUGCUGGUUUGAAUGACGGCAGAGGAUAUGUGAAAGUCCUCGAGAAGAACGUGGUGCCGGAGCAGCUCACUGUGUCUCCAGAAAGAAGGUACAUGUACUGGGUGAACCGUGGUGCAAAAAGCAGGGCUGUAAUAGAAGGUGCAGGGAUGGAUGGCUCAGACAGGCACUUGAUCGCUGUUGUAACCAAAGAAGGACCAGUGGGAUUGACUCUUGAUCAUGUAACUGGCAGGCUGUACUGGAUCAGUGAGUAUAAAGAGUCCAUAGAGACCAUAAAGGUGGAUGGGUCUGGCAGACAUACUUUCCCUGAUAUGCUACCAAAUGAGCAGAAUCCUCACAGCCUCGCUGUCUUUGAGAACUCCUUCUUCUGGGCGGACAGCUGGCAUCUCGUUUCUGCAUCCCGUACCUCACGAGGUGUUCGUACGUUGCUGAACUCUACAAUCUCCUCCUUCGCUGUGCUCCACGAGGUACUUCAGCUUCCACGUCUCACAAAUGUGUGUCUUCCUGGGUUGUGCAGCCACAUCUGCCUCUUGUCGCCAGUCCAUCCUAAAGGUUACAGAUGUGCCUGUCCAGAGGGCAGUUCUCUCCUCCCUUCUGGAAAAUGUGCUGCGCUGGAGGUGUUGUAUGCUACUAAUAACAAGAUCUACUUACUCCAAGUUGAGCCAAAGGAAUUGGAGCGUCCGUGUAAACUGGUGCAGACCUGGUCAGAAAAUAUCUACUUGCAGGACAUGGACUGGCGCCGGGGCUUAAUCUAUUGGACAGAUAGCAAAGGGCAGCUGAUGCGCUUCCAUAGAGCGACCAGAACAGACAUGAUGAUCCCUACUAAUUCACCAGUCUGCGCAGCAAGUGUUGAACGAUCCUCUGGAGAUCUGUAUUGGCUGAACUGUGACAGAACAGAAAUUAAAGUGACUAGAUAUGCUGGCAUGAUGACACAGGCCCUCUAUCGUGCCCAGCAUAGAAUUUGGCGCCUAUUCCUUGAUUGUCAGAGAGCAUCUCUUUACUGGCUUGAAAGUGGGAAACCUGUUCAGAAGAUGGACCUCGAUGGCAGCAACGUCAAGGAAGUGUGGAACAACACCUGGACAGAGAAUGCCCCAAUUGCUUUUGAUAUCGGCUCUCUCAGCUUUAUCUGGAGUUCCAAAGAUAUGGUACUUAAAGGGUGGAGUCUAAUUGGUCGCAGAGAGUAUAAUCUGAAAGAGAGCUGGACAGAUGGAAUAGCAGCUGCCUAUGGGCCUUUCCUGGUGUCAUUCAACAAAACAACACUCAUGGUAUGGGAUAAAAGAUCGAUGGAGCUCUCUGCUGUGCAAGUAGCUGAUGUACGGAAAGCCAUGAUUGUCUUUGAUAUAGACCCAAAUGCUGCACAAGAUGCUGCUCUUCCGGUGUCUGCUUGUACGAGUGCAUUGGCGAGGGCAGUUUCUGCUCCUACGACAGCUAGCAUUACUACUGCUACCACUAUAGCUAGCACUACAAGCUCUACUGCACCAACGGUCCAACAAACAACCAUCUCAACUAUGGCAACCACCAAGGCCGCAAUCCCAACUACUCCAGCAGCAACCACAACCACGAUCCCAACUACUCCAGCAACAACCAAGACCACGAUCCCAACUACUCCCACAACCACCCAACUUAUGAUCCCUACUCCUCUGCAGUGUCGAAUGUUUGAAUUUCUGUGCCGCAAUGGGGAAGAAUGUAUCCAGCACGAAUAUGUCUGUGAUGGAGAGAACGACUGUGUGGAUGGGUCUGAUGAAGAGAACUGUUCCCAGUUCUGUAGCAACCAAGGAAUGUUUGAAUGUGAGAGCGGCAACAAGUGCAUUGAGGAGCGAUAUCGCUGUGAUGGCUUUCCGCACUGUCCGGAUGGCUCCGAUGAAUCCAGCUGCUGGGUGGCGACAGCAGAGUGUGCCCUGCGCUGUGACAACGACUCACAUUGUGUGCCUGAGAGCUGGCUGUGUGAUGGUUCUCCAGAUUGCCUUGACCAGAAGGAUGAACAGAGCUGUGUUCAAGAGGAGUGCACAGAACAGGAAUUCCAGUGUAAAACUGGCCAGUGUGUUUCUUACUCCUUCCGCUGUGAUGGAGACUAUGACUGCAAGGACCACUCGGAUGAAGAAGGCUGCAUCAUCCCCAAACUCCAAAAGUGCCGUUCAGAUGAAUUCAGGUGCCUGAGAACUGGAGAGUGCGUCCUAGAGGCAUGGAAGUGUGAUGGGGACAUGGACUGCAAAGAUGGAUUUGAUGAGCAGGACUGUGAAUCUGGAGAAGUGCAGUGUGCCAUCAAGGAGUGGCGAUGCACCAGCCAGGAAUGCAUCCCUGACUUCUGGUUGUGUGAUGGGGAGGAAGACUGCAAAGAUGGGAGUGAUGAGAUGACAUGUAAGCCCAGGAAGUGCAAAGGUUAUGAGUUCCAGUGUGACACAACCUGUAUUCAUUACACUCGUGUCUGUGAUGGGAUCCGAGAUUGUGUGAAUGGAUCGGAUGAAGGUGGAAGGUGUGCCAUACCAUGCCAAAGAUCUUGCUCCCAGAUUUGUUACAAGACGCCUGCCGGGCCUAAAUGUGCUUGCAAUAAGGGGUUCAGGCUAAGCCGGGAUGGACGUUCUUGCAGAGAUAUCAAUGAAUGCAAAGAUCCGACAUAUGAGGAGACAUGCAGCCAGACGUGUCUCAAUGCAGUUGGUGCCUACAAGUGCAUUUGCCAUCCUGGAUACUUGCUGGAACCGGAUCGCCACACGUGCAAAGUAGGCGGCUCUGAGCCAAUGCUGCUAGUUGCAGUCCAGUUUGACUUGAUCCUCUAUGGACUGAGGAGCAUGAAGGAGGAUGUUAUCUUGACGACAGAGAAAGACUUGAUUAUUUUUUCCAUUGACUAUGACUUGGUGGACCAGAAAAUAUUCUGGAUGGAUCUUAAUGCAAAAAGUAUUAAGUGGAUGAACACAAAAACCAAGGAAAGGGGGAGUUUAGUAAAAGGAAUAAGGUCUGAUUGUAUAGCUGUUGAUUGGAUAGGAAGAAAUCUCUACUGGACUGAUGGGACAGCUGGACAAAUCUUGGCUACAAAGCUGAAUGGUACUUGGAGAAGAAAUCCAGAAUACACCGUGGUUCUUGAGGAAGACUUGGACCAGCCUCGCUCACUGGCUCUUCAUCCAUUGGAUGGAAUGAUGUAUUGGGCUGAAAUUACAAGUGACCCCCACAUAGAGGAAGCCAGCAUGGAUGGAAACAACAGAAGAAUACUAAUUGACACUGGACUUGGCUGGCCCACCAGCAUAACCCUUGACCUCGUGAGCUGGAGAAUCUUCUGGUCUGAUGACAAACUUCACUCCUUUGGAUCAGCCAAGUUGGAUGGCACAGACAUAAAGGUAUUCCAGCUGCCUCAGAUUCACAGUCCCUUCUCGGUGACAGUCUUUGAGGAUAACGUCUAUUGGUCCGAGAUGAAAACAAGAACUGUGCAGAAGGUGAACAAAAGGACUGGCAAGAACAGAGCAGUCCUCAUCAAGCGUCAUGGGCAGCCGUACGGGCUAAAGGUAAUGCAUGGAGUUCUUCGGCCAGCGGCACCCAACCCCUGUGAAGGAAGCAGCUGUUCACAUCUGUGCCUGUUGAAUGCCGACAAAAGAGGAAGCUGUUUUUGUCCAAGUGAACUUGUGCUUUCCAGUGACAGAUCAACAUGUGUCCCCCUAGAGCAGUCUCCAUUCAUGUUUCUGGUUGCCUCCACAGUGAUUACAAAGGUCUACUUGAAGAAGCUCUCUUCCAGUUCUGGAGAGGUAGCUCUUCCUAACUACAUGACUCUCCCUUUGACCAACACUGUUCCCCUGACAGUCACAGACUACUCUGUGCACAACUCAGCUUUUUAUUUUGCUGAAUGGGAGGGUAACUUCAUCAAGAUGCUAACGAUCAAAGAUGCUGGAAGAUCUUCCUUGAAGAAAGUCCUACCUGUGGAGGGGGCUGUGAUCUCCUUAGCUCUAGACUGGCUGAGCGGCAAUAUCUAUUGGAUUGACAAGCGCCCAGCCAUCAGUGUAGCAACAGCAACUGGCCAAUACUCAUAUGUGGUGAUUGGUGAUGAGCUUCACCGCCCGAUUUCGAUGGCACUGCAUCCCCCAACUGCAACAAUGUGUUUGGCUGACUUGGGUCCUGAGGGCCGUUCCAAGAUAGAAUGUGCCUUCAUGGAUGGCAGCAGGAGGAGAGUUCUUUGGAGGAGGUCUCAGAAGCCUAUUGGCUUAUCCAUAGUAGAAGCAGGCAGCUGGCUAUACUGGGCUGAUCAGGCCAAAGGUGUGGUGGAACGGAUACGACUGGAUGGCACCCGAUUCCGAGUCGUACAGGGAAGUCUGCGUGGUCUUAAACUCUUUGCAGCUGGAGAGGGAAUGAUGGUCUGGACAACUGCACCAGGAAAUGGCUCUACCAGGGUGUGGUACAACAAACUGGAACAGACUAUAGAGCGGCGGUGGUUUCAAGUAGGUCAGAACCUUGUGGAUGUCAAAAUUUACAGUCAGCUAAGUCAACAAGGUAGCAAUGGCUGUGCAGAAAAGAAUGGUGGAUGCAGCCAACUCUGCUUACCAGUUCCAGGAGGAAGGAACUGCAAGUGUGCCCAUGGGUAUAACCUAGAACGUGGCACUGAGUGUGUUGAAGCAAUGAAGUGUUUGCCACCAUUCCGAGCUUGUGCGGAUGACAGCAAAUGCAUUACAAUGGCCCAAAUCUGCGAUCGUCGCCUCGAUUGCUCUGAUGGAUCUGAUGAGAGAGGCUGCUCCUACCCUGACAGGGAGCGCUCACAGGUCACCGGGAGGCCACAGAUCCCAAGCGUAUCUCAGGCUGCUACUAAGACCACUUCUGGCAAAGCCACCGCCAAGGAACCCACUACUGGGGUUGUGUAUGUACAACCAGAGAUAACGCAGUACUACAAGAAAACGUCUAAAACCCAGAAAGUCACCACGGCAACAACACAAACACUUCCUGUGAGCAGAUGGCAAAAGACCACACCGUUGACGGCACAGAAGCGGGAAUGGCCUGUUGUGACACAAGCAGUGUUGAUAAGUGGACUGGAGCCCCAACCUUGCAGCAGCGAGACCUGUAACAUGAGGGGUGACUGCACCGUUAAAGGUGAUACAGUGAAGUGUCACUGUUCAUUGGGAUAUAGUGGGGAGUACUGUGAAGUGGAAGUCAGGUCUAGGUCAGGUCCUGUCAUCCUGAGCAUCAUCAUUAUCUUACUGAUUGCUAUGGCGGCUGCGGCAGGUUUUAUCUUUUUCUGGAAGCAAAGAACGCGAGAAAGGACUUCAAGUACAUCAUCAACUAGGUUUCUAACCUAUCAGAAAGACAGAGAGCUUGAAGAGAAUGUUUUAGAGAAUGAAACUGUUAUCAAUGAUGCAUAUGAACCAGAGCAGGAACUAAGAGCCCCCUUGCCAACAGACAAAGGCACAGAUAUAUAACUGAAAAUAAAAUAUUUGCAAAUACUCAUACUCUUGUUCUUGAAGUGCAGAUUCAGGAAAAAACAAUGUGUUGUGUAGCAUUCUGUCUGCAUACUCCAAAACUAAAUAACAACAGGGCUCCAUGGAUUGAGACUACUACCACAACAUCAUAGGAGAUAGAUAAUAGAAGAUAUUUACAUUGUUUUUAUUGCCAACUCAUACCUGGUUUAUGUUUUUGUGGCAUACUUCAGAGCAGCAUGAUCUUGUAUUAAUAGAAAUUAAGCCAUUAGGCGUUCUCUCUCCCAAAUCUUGAACAAAAGUUUGCCAUGCAACUAGUUCUGUUUUAU